AUGGUCUACCUCUCUACUCUUCUCACUGGCGCCGUCGGUCUUGCCACCGUCGUCUUCGCCCACCCCGGUCACGAUGUCAAGGCUGAAGCCGCUGAGCGUGCUGCUGCCUUGAAGUCUGUCCGUGCCCGUGGUCUGUCCCAGUGCGCAACCCAGCUGCAGGCCCGCGGUGUCGAAGCCGCGAGCGUUGCUCGCCGUGACGCCUCGCUGCAGAAGAUCCGUAAGGCCCGUGGCCUCUCGGGCCCUCUGCUCAAGGCCCGGGACACCACCCCCUUGACCACCAGCCACGAGUCCAACCUGACGGUCGACCUUUCCACCGACCCGUCCGUCCUCUUCGCGUCGGGUGGCUCUUGCGUCCUUGCUGAGGAUGUCACGCAGGGCCCCUACUACGUCAGUGGUGAACUGAUCCGCCAGAACCUCGUCGAGGACCAGCCGGGUGUGCCUCUCUACCUGGACAUCCAGCUUCUCGACUCCGAGACCUGCGAACCCGUCCCGGACGUCUACCUCGACUUCUGGCACUGCAAUGCUACCGGCGUCUACUCGGGCGUUGUGGCCAGCGGCAACGGCGACUCCUCCGAUGAGACCAACUUAGACGCGACUUUCCUCCGUGGAAUCCAGCAGACUGACGAUUCGGGUGUCGCCGAGUUCGAGACCAUCUUCCCUGGCCACUACACCGGCCGCACAACCCACAUUCACGUGCUUUCCCACCCAGCCGACACGACGGCCAACGCCAACGACACCCUUGAAGGCCUGUACACGACCACCUCGUCUCACGUCGGCCAGAUCUUCUUCGACCAGGACCUCAUUUCGCUCGUCGAGGCAACGGACGUCUACAGCUCCAACACCCAGGAGCUCACCCUCAACGCGGACGACAGUAUCCUCUUACAGGAGCUCAACGAUGAUAUCGACCCUUUUGUCGAGUAUGUCCUUCUCGGUGAAGAUGUUACUGAUGGUAUCUUUGCCUGGAUCAACGUGGUCAUCGACUCGAGCCAGAGCACCUCUGUCACCCCCGCUGCUUACUUGACUGAGGAUGGUGGUGUCGAGAAUGAAAACUCUGGCGGCUUUGGUGGCGGUUCUGACGGCCCUGGUGGCUCCGCUCCUGGUGGCUCUGCUCCUACCGGUGCUCCUCCUUCCUAG